AUGCGGUUCAACACCUUCUACGGUUAUGCCAAGCAGUGCUCUAAGGAGCUCAGGCCAGGCAUCAAGGCCGUUGAAGAAACCGUCAAGAGCGCGAUGGGACCUGUCAAUGAAAAAUUCCGCCUUCUUCCUGAUGAGAUCAUCCGCCAUGCCAAUAUUGAUCAUGCCGAACACCAUUCCACAAGCAACGCUCCUGUUGCCAACAUAGCCACUGUGUCGAAAAUGGCGGUGAGGCAUUAUGGCAAGGGUGAGCCCGUGGCAGAGCAGAGUGUGGCUUCGGCAUGGCAGAAGGUGAAACAAUCUCCAAUGUUUCAUCGGGUGGCGAAUGCGGUUGCGCCAAAGGCCACGUAUUGCACGGAAAAGUACAACAAAGCGGUUAUUGGUGCCGCGGAGAAGGGUUGUAAGGUCUCACCGUACUUGCCUUUGGUGCAUAGAGAGGAUAGCUAAGGUGUUUUGUGAAAUUUGGAGCAUGAAUCAAUCAGUCUCUUCCUACCUUUGUUUUUUUUGUUUGACAUUGUUUGCUAGUAAUUUGUUACUGGCUGUUAUUGCAGUUAUAGAUAUUGUUCAAAAGGAGUCUGCUAUUGAUAGGUUGUAUAUUUGACAUCAAAGUUUAGAUUUGGUGGUGGUUGAAGACACAGAAAAAGAAUUUUUGUUUUGAUUUAAA